UUGCAACAAGCAUCCUAAGUCAUGUGCGUGGAGUGCACAAGGGAGAUGUUGAGAUUCCACAGUCACUCCUGUGGUGCUGGGAUUAUUGUACCCCCCAAAAUAGCUUCCUCUGCUUUAAAAACAAUUGAUGGUGAUGGAAAAUGCAGUAACCAGUCACAGGAAAGCACCCAGGUUCCUACCCGAUGGUUAGUUGCCAUCUAAUAAACCUAUGCUACCUUUUGCCUACUGCUCUGACCUACCAAAACAGGGCUUUGGAAAUAAUUGUUGCGGGUUUUUUUUCAUUAAUGUGCCUGCUCUUGCAGUUUUCUUCCCUUUUAUGAAGGCUGCUGAGGCUCUUGUGCCCUGAAUGGCUCUCCCAGUCUCUCCCUGAAGACCUGACCUGAGCUGUGAUCCUUCCAGCUGGGACCCCACUGUGGCAGGAUGGCGAAAGCUCUGUGGUUCAGCCCUGGUCUGGAGGCUGAGCUGGGAGUGAUAAUUAUCCCUUUUCCGAUGACCUGUGAGAGGGAAUUGUGGAGAGUCCCAAGGUCCCCGCUGAGCCUCCCUUUCUCCAGACUGAGCUCCCCGUUCCUCAGCCUCACUUCAUCAGACGUCUCCAGAACCUUCACCGAGAGAUAGGCACAAGCCCCGAAAAACUCGCCAGCAGACAAUUCGCCUUGUCCGCCACCCGGGGGGGAUCCUGAGCGAAAACAGAGUUCUUCGUGUCAAAGCCAUUGCCAUGGGCCUCAUCGACCUCAUGUGCACAGGAGCCACAGCGUCCAUGAAGAUAAAGGUCUUCCAGGCCCAUAUCCCAUUGCUGAAGACCCCAGCACCUGUGAUAUUGUCAAGGCUACGCAGUAUGGAAUGCUAGAACGAUGCAAAGAACUGGUAGAAGCAGGAUAUGAUGUUCGACAGCCAGACAAAGAAAAUGUGACUCUUCUUCACUGGGCAGCCAUAAACAACAGACAGGAGCUGGUAAAAUAUUACCUUUCCAAAGGUGCAGUAGUGGAUCAGCUUGGUGGAGAUCUGAAUUCUACACCCCUGCACUGGGCCACCAGACAAGGACACCUUCCGAUGGUAGUGUUAUUGUUGAAGUGUGGAGCGGAUCCCAGUCUCAUUGACGGGGAAGGAUUCAGUAGCAUUCAUUUAGCAGUGCUGUUCCAACACAUGCCCAUCAUAGCCUACCUCAUAGCAAAAGGCCAGAACGUAGACACAACAGACUUCAAUGGACAAACGCCUUUAAUGUUAACAGCACAAAAAGCCUUUGGACCAGAACCCAUGAAGUUUCUCUUAAAGUUUAACCCCUCUCUCAAUGCUGUAGACAAUGUUCAAAAGAAUACUGCACUGCAUUGGGCAAUAGCCUCAGGAAAUACUAGUGCAGUGGAUCUGUUGCUGGAAGCUGGUGCCAGCCUGGACAUAAAAAAUGUUAAGGGAGAGAGGCCACUUGACGUUGCUUACCAAAGUCAGAAUCCCUUCAUGAUUUACAUGCUACAAGAGGAAGAAAAAAUGAGAAACAGGAGAAAUAACAGGUUGCUGAAAGUAGUAGAGAAAUAUGAGCUCUUCCUGAUGUUAGCAUCUUCCUUGAUGUUCAUGUGGGCCAUUGGAUACGUCAUGGACCUAAGUUCUGAUUCUUGGCUUUUAAAAGGAGGUUUGCUUCUCAGCCUGCUAUUUGUGAUGUCUCUGUUUGUGAGGCAACUUGUGGGCCUCAAGAACCUAAGAUACCUUCCCACAGCAUUUCUGCUAAGUUCAGUUUUUUGGAUGUCCAUGACCUGGUUUUUCUGGUUCCUGCCUGAUGCCACACACACAAAUGUAAUUCUUAAAAUCACUGUUGUGUUCAGCUUGAUGGGUCUUCUCUAUUAUUUCUAUAAAACCUGGAGUACUGAUCCUGGAUAUAUAAAGACUUCAGAAGAAGAGAGAAAAGAGAACAUUAUAGCUCUUGCAGAAACUGGGUGCUUGGACUUCAGAACACUUUGCACAUCAUGUCUUGUAAGGAAGCCUUUGAGAUCUGUGCAUUGCCUUGCUUGCCAAGCAUGUGUAGCCAGAUAUGAUCAGCAUUCUCUGUGGACUGGACAGUGUGUAGGCAUUGGGAACCAUUAUUACUACCUGUUGUUCCUGUUUUUCCUGACAAUGACUGGUGUCUGGCUGCUUUAUGGAACUCUUCAGUAUUGGUCCAAGCACUGUGCAGCAAAUUUCCAUCAAGAUGGAGCGUGGACGUACUUCACCCAGACAGUGUCCUGCUCUCCCUGGGUUUCCUACAUCUCCUCAGUCGCUUGUUUCCACACCCUGUGGGCCUCUCUGUGGCUCACUGUUCAGCUUUAUCAGAUUGUGUUCCUGGGGUUGACCUCACAUGAAAGAAUUAAUCUCCUGGUACAGAGAAAAUCCUCUAAGCAUCCUGUUUCACUCAGGAGGACUCCCUACAACCUUGGAUGCUUCCAGAAUAUUGCAGACUUUUUUCAGUGCAGUUGCUUUGGUAUGUUCAAACCCAACUUAAUUGACUGGACCAAGCAAUAUAAACUUUUUCAUCCGGCAAAAGAGAAAAAUGUUCAUUCUGUGUAAAACUUUGCUUAAUUUCUAAAACGACUGAGCUGAAAGCUGAAUAAAACAAGAUAUUUUGUUAAUUUCUACACAUUCUUCUGAAGCUGCUUGUUUAAUUUUUAUUAUUGUUUCAGAUAUUGAACUUACAUAAGAUACAGCAGAUUUGUAGAUGGAACAGUCACUGUGUGUCUGUGUAUAUAUAGUUGGAGCUGAAACUAUUUAAAAUUUUAUGUGGUGGAUGACACAAACAUAUAUAUUUUUAAAGGUAAGUUUUCAGGGCAUAAUUUCAAAAUUAUGUUGGUAACAUUUGCUUUACUUUUCCGGUAACAAAAGACAAUUAAAUUUGAAAAUUAAGGUGAGAGUUCAUGUUUAAAAACUUAAUAUUACAAUUAUAUUGUAAUUUUAUUGCUUAUGCUGUGAAAAUCUCUAUUAUGUCUUUGUAUUUGAAGAGUUUACAUGUAAUAAAACAGGGCUUUCA